UGACCUGUACACUGGGGAUUUGCCUCUAUUUAAAAUAACACUUUCAAAAUAUGGGUGACUGGAGUGCCCUAGGAAGACUCCUUGACAAAGUGCAGGCUUAUUCCACUGCUGGAGGAAAAGUGUGGUCAUCGGUCCUGUUCAUCUUUCGCAUCCUCUUAUUAGGGACAGCGGUGGAGUCAGCAUGGAGAGAUGAACAGUCAGCAUUCAGUUGCAACACCGUACAAACUGGUUGUAAAAAUGUCUGCUAUGACAGGACAUUUCCAAUCUCUCACGUACGUUUAUGGGUUCUCCAAAUUAUAUUUGUCUCUAUGCCGACAAUCCUAUAUUUGGCUCAUGUGUUUUACUUGAUGCGUAAAGAAGAAAAACUGAACAGGAAAGAAGAACUUAAAAUUAUCCAGAAUGAUCAAGGUGAUGAGGACAUGCAACUUAAGCCAAUUCAAUUAAAAAAAUUCAAAUAUGGCUUUGAAGAAGAUGAAAAAGUCAAAAUGCAUGGUGGUCUAUUUCGUAUCUAUGUGACCAGCAUUCUAUUCAAAUGCCUUUUUGAAGUUGGUUUCCUAGUGAUCCAGUGGUACAUGUAUGGGUUCAGUCUAAAUGCUAUCUACACUUGUGCAAGGAACCCCUGCCCACAUAGAGUCGAUUGCUUCCUUUCCCGUCCCACCGAGAAAACUAUUUUUAUUUGGUUUAUGUUGGUGGCAUCUUUGGUCUCACUAGCAUUGAAUAUUAUUGAGUUGUUCUAUGUCAGUUUCAAAAGUAUCAAGGAGCGCAGGGGUGUAUCUAGUGGUCCGGGCACCCCUGGCAAUGAAAGGGACUGGCGCCCCCCAUAUUUGAAAUACCUGAGUUUGACCAUCGGUCAAAAAUCUAGGUAUCAGACCAUUUUUGAAGCAAUAAGAUACCCAUCAGAAUAUGCUUAUUUUAAUGGCUGUUCUUCUCCAACUGCACCUAUGUCACCACCAGAUUACAAACUGUUAUUGCAGACACAAAUCCUUCUGCCUGAUGUAAUUACAACAACCAAAUUCUAAUGCCCAGUUAUUUGCUUUUCUUGAGGAACAUCAGAAUGCAAGAAAAUGGCCCUGGACAGGAAAUGCAGUCUCUCAGUAUAUCAGACCAUAGACCAGGAGUGAGCAACAUGCAGCCCGCGGGCCGGAUGCCGAACCGAUCCUGCCUGGCCCGCUGACCAGUGCGCAAUGACAAGCGGCCCGAGUGGCUGAGCUGCUUGUCAUAGCGCUACAGCAGCUCACUCUCCUAGACGCGGCACCACUGAAGAAAGCCUGAUUGCGUCACAGGGGAAGGCAGCUGGCCGGGAUUUCCUCUCUGACGUCAGGCACUGGGUGGCAUAGGGGCGGAGCCAAAGUAAAAGCAGUGAUCCGGGCGGCACAUUUCUGUUUUGAAGAAAGAAAACACCACCUAAGGUUGGUAGUACAUGAAUAGCUAGUGGCUGGCAGCUGGAGCUGCCAGGCGAGGUGAGCAGGGGUGCCAAGUAUGCGGAGUAAGCUGCUGUCUGUGUCCAGGGAAGUAGGGAGGGAGUCAGAUGAUUAAAGGCUGCUAAAUGUGCCCGAAGGUGGGGGCGGUGGAAGAAGAAUGUAGUAUCUGUGUCCAAUGGCUGCGCAGGAUCUUACUGUCUGUGCCUGGUGCACGAGACAUCGGCAGGAAGGGUGCAGGCAGGAAUCCGCUGUUGCUUGCUUCAUCAGCGGCCGUGCCGUUUGUAGUGUCCAUCCCCCGAAACGUUGACUUCGUUAAACACCAUGUGGCUUCACUUUUAACCUGCUGUGCGCAAGUCUCUGAGUGCCGCCUUCGCUACUUGCAUAUAUUGGGGCUGCACCACCCCUAGGAAAGCACCUGAGCGAAUACCCCAAUGGGGAGCCGGGAGUGUCGGACUGCUAUUAUACACAAACAAAAAGUUCAGCACUCACCAAAGCAAGCUCACUUAUUUUCACAACAUCAAUAGAUAAAUGAUGGGGCUUUAGUUAGUGAAUUGGCCAAUGCACGGAAUCCUGCAAACCGCUCGCCAAGGUACCCAUCUUCAUGCAGGUCCUACACUAUCACAGAGUCUCAAAAAUUAAAACCUACCAACUGUAUCACACAUAAUAUAACUGCAAAUAUGCCUACUUGAUUUAAUGUGUAUCUGCCAAAUACACCAUGGCUUUUAAAGGUACACUAGUCACCUGACAGUGGCUGAUAAAUUACUAAAGAACAGCUGACCCAAGUUUAAGAUAAUUGGGCUUGCAUAGGGGUGCAUGAACACAGUGAUUAUGUAUUGUAUAUUGAAAAUAUUUUGUAUGCGGCCCUCGAAUAUUCACUGAAAGUCUUAAGUGGCCCCCCAGCUGAAAUAAUUGCCCACCCCUGCCAUAGACCAUCAAGCAGAGAUAGCGGUAGUGCAAGCAGCAGACCCAGAGCAGAUCUAGCCCACUUUCCUACAUAGAUAGAAAGCAAACAUUGUUGUGUGGAGGAGAUACUUCACUGCAGAUGAUACUAAACUGUGUCGGGUAAUAAAUUCAGACAUGGAUGUUGAGUCUCUACAGAACGACUUAUUUAAACUGGAAAUUUAGGCAGUUAGAUAGAGGAUGAGUUUCAACAUAGAAAAAUGUAAAAUUAUGCACUUUGGGAGUAAAAAUAAACAUGCAACCUACAAAUUAAAUGGGGAAAAUAUAGGUGAAACGGUAGUUGAAAAAGAUUUGAGUGUGCUCAUUGAUAAUAGACUUAGUGGCAGCACCCAAUGUCAAAGUGCAGCAACGAAGGCAAAUAAGGUGUUAGCCUUUCAUACCCAACGAAGGAAAAGGUUCUUCACAGUAAGAGCAGUAAGGAUCUGGAAUUCUCUGCCAGACAAGGUGGUAAUGGUGGAUUCAGUAACUAAUUUUAAAAACGGAUCAGAUACAUUUCUGAAUGAAAAAGAUAUCCAAGGGUAUAGUCUUUAAAAUUGCAUUUAAACUCUUUCUACACACAAAAUAGUGUAAGACUUAUAAUACAGGUUGAACUCGAUGGGCAAUUUGUCUUUUUUCAACUAUUUUUAACUAUGUUACUAUGUUACUGUCUCACAGAGAGAUCAAGUAAUAAACAGAAAGACUUUUGUUUUCAUGAUGUGUAAGGGACACAUUGAUAUAUAAGUAAUUGGCUGCAUCCUUUUCUAUAUCAUUCAGACAAUUAGCGUAACAUAAGUUACAUUCUUCAAAAGGAAUGGGUUUGUUGGGUCGACCCUAUUGAGGUCGACAUUCAUUAGGUCAGUAGGUCGACACCUGGAAAAAGUCGACAUGGAAAAGAAUCGGCAUGAGGUUUUUUUUUCUGCUUUCUUGGUGUUGUUUUGUUCGUAAAGUGAUGGGGAACCCCAAUUAGUGUACCGUGUCCCCUUGCAUGGCGAGCAAACUUCGGCCAAGGUUACUAUUCCCAAUCAUAGUCCACAUGGAUCUUAAGUAUGAAAAAGUAAAAAAAAUGUGAAAAACUCAUGUUGACAUUUUUAUGUGUCGACCUUCACCAUGUCGACCUAAUGCCCAUGUCACCUACUGCAUGUCGACCAAUAGUGGUCAUCCUAAUCAGUGUCGACCUAAGUGAGGUCAAUUUAAGGACCGUAUCCCCUUCAAAACAUGUCCACUAUGUAGCACUGCAUUUCAUCUGACUAUCCAGAGAGUAGAAAUAUUUAUGUGGGUCUUUAACAUUAUUUUACUGAGUGCUGAAUAGCAUACUAAGAUUAAGAAGAGGGAUUUUGAUGUCUGGAGAAUGAAGUUUCCGUGUCAUAGCUGCAGAUUUUGACAACCGGCACCCAGAAAGACCUCCAAUUUCACAAAACACUGUCAGGUGCCUAAUUUCCAAAUUCCGAGAAACUGGGACUGUGGCUGACAAGUCACGGAGUGGUCGUCCAAACAGUGCUACUUACGAGACAACCUCAACAAUGGUUUUGACAUACUUCGUGAAGAGCCCACAACGCAGCACACGAUGUUUGACAUCAAAAUGACCUCAAUUCUCUCUUCUUUUGUCAAAGCCAUAUUCAGUUACCUGCAACAAAAAAGUGUUGUAACUUUUGAACCAUAACUGCUAUUUCAAAUCUGUUUUCAGCAAUAAACUUUUCAGCAAAUUCUGAUGUUUGACAUGUUACACGACCCCCUUUCCAUUUGAAAAAACUGACUUAGAUUCAAGAUGGCUGAUUUCAAGAUGGUGCCCAUGUUCAGUACAUACCCACCUAACCCAUACCUUACUGGAGUAUUCAGUUUUCCCAUUUCCUGCACAGUUAUUGAAACAAAAGGGUCUACUGUGACUUUUGAAUCAGCCUGCGCUAUUACCUGAUGUUAGUUUAGCUUUUUUUUAGGGGGGCACAGGCAAAUUUACCCAUUAUUGGUGCCCUUUUCACUGUUGGCACCAAUUUUCGCAGUAAUCCCGUUUUAGCAAAUUUGAAAUUGAAUAGGGCAAAUCUUGGGAGCGCACAUUCUGUAUUUUUGCGGCCACAAAGACGCAAAUUCAGCGAAAAUGGCAAUUGCAAUAAAUUACCAUGAUUUCACGGGCUAAUUGAAUUUGCCCCUUAGCCACUGGAUUCAACCAAUUUAAUAUAUUUGCACUUGGGAUAUAUUUAGAGUACAAGAGUGUCUGAAAAUAGUCCUGUUCAUUAAUACACCUAGAGCCAAUUUAUUUGAAAUAUUGCAUAUGUUAAAUUUGCUGAAUGCACAUAUUUUAUGUGUCAGGGGUUAAACAUCUCUUCCUAAUAUUCACAGCACCAUUAUCUUCAUCCUGCGAAAAAUGUUUUAGAUGUGUAUAACAUGUAUGACUUCUAAAAUAUGAGAGAAAGACGGUUACAACAGUAAUUGUAAGUGAUAUUUUCCAUAAACUACUGUUAUGCUCAGCUUUAUCUUAUGUAUGUAGUCAUGGUUCA